CAUGGUACGAUGCUCCAGAAGAAUGUAGUGCAUUGGAUCUGAGAAUCGAUGGACAUGAUUGAAGUCUGGAUCACUUAAUUACAGAACUUUCAAGGGUACGUUUUGCAUAUUUGCAGUGUGAACUAGAGAAGCUUCAAUCAUGUCAGUUCAUUUCAGAUCCAAAGCACCAUACUGUUUUGGAGCAUUGUAUCAUGUGAUGUGCUGGAGCACAUGAUAUUUUCCCAUGUGCAUAGAGCUCCAUCAAUUCCCCAGUCGAACGCAGCAGGUCUUGUUGGGCGGUCAGGAAUUCAGCUCCCUCCAGGAAUCAAUUCUUGCAGCAAUAUUACUUGUAAACUCAGAAAUCCUUAGAGGAAACAGGUAGAUCUGACUGUAGCAGCGAUGCAUCUCUAAGUGAAAAAGUUAAGAUCCGUCUGGGUUUCCAUCCGUAGCACCAGAUCAGAUCCCGCUGUUGGCAUCGCCGGAGCACCAGAUCAGAUCCCGCUGUUGAAAUUCUCCGCUUUGUUCGGUUAUACCCCUUUCCAUGGGGAUUGGAGGGGAUUUGAAGGGAUUUUGACUUGUAGGGGAUUUAACCCCUUUCAAUCCCUGCCAAACCCCUUCAAAUCCUUGUCAAGAAGGUCCCUGUCGAUAGAGAAGGGAAGGGCCGCGCUGGGUGAUAUACCAUUACUGCUGCAAUGAAUAUACCAUAUCUUCUUUUUAAAAAGGUUACAAAAAAUUUCUCAGAGGAUAGGAUAAUUGGAAGGGGUGGAUUUGGAAAAGUUUACAAGGGAGAACUUGAUAGUGGGGAACUGAUUGCCGUGAAGAUGCUUCAUCCGCUGCAAGGACUUGAUGAAGAUCUAUUUAAAAAUGAAGUUUGUAAUAACCUUUUGAAGGUCGAUCAUCCAAAUGUUAUAGGGCUACUUGGUUAUUGCGAUGAACUACAUUCUGAAUUUGUCGAACACAAGGGUGACAACAUUGCAGCUAAACACGUGUAUCGAGGACUCUGCUUUGAGUACUUUCCAAAUGGAAGCCUACACAAGCAUCUCAGUGAACAAUCUCUUUCAGCUAACUGGAGCACACGUUAUAGCAUUAUAAAAGGGAUUUGUGAAGGUUUAAAUUUCCUUCACGGGUGUAAACCACGAAUUUUUCAUCUUGAUCUGAAGCCUGCCAAUAUAUUGCUCGACAAUUCCAUGGUACCAAAGCUGGCAGAUUUUGGAUUGUCAAGGCUCUUUGCUGAAUCACACUCCCAUGUCACAGAACGCAUGAUAGGAACAGAUAAGUACAUGCCACCGGAGUACAGAACUGACAGCACCAUCUCAUCUCUAUAUGAUGUUUUUAGUUUUGGUGUUGUAAUGAUGGACAUAAUGGAAGGUUACUCCCUAUAUCAAGAAAUAGAUGACCCCACACAAUUUAAGGAGGAGGUACUUGCCAAGUGCAGUAGUAUGAUUGAACCCACGUCAAAGAACCGAAGAGAGAAGUUAAUUCAUCAAGUGUGGACAUGCAUCAACACAGCAGUGCAUUGCAUGGAUUCAAAAAAAAAUAGACCCACUAUAGCAAGGAUCCUUGAUAUCCUGAAUGACACAGAAACUGGUAUUCCCAACGCACAGUUAGCAGUUGUGCCACUGUCUAUGAAAAUUGAUCUCAAGAAUUCAUUGGCUGAAACGUUGAAGGUGAUGACAGCCGAGCUUGACAAAAUAACAAAUCCAGUGGCUAAUACGGAGCAAGUACCUAACAUAAGGGAAGCAUCAUCAAGUGUGGAAGAACCAUUCUUCAUCAACAAGACUGAAGACCGGGAAACAUCAUCAUAUUUGGAAGAGAAGUUAAUCAUCGGAAGGACUGCUGAAAAAAAGGAAAUACUGUCUAUUUUAUCUGAGAGUAGUACGAAUGAGAUGGUCAUCCUUCCAAUACAUGGCAUUGGAGGCAUUGGCAAGACAACCUUGGCACAGUUGGUAUUCAACGACAAACAAUUCCAUGGACACUCUCGGGCCUGGGUAUAUGUUUCUGAGAAGCUUGACUUGUAUAAAAUUGGCAACUCUAUAAUAACACAGUUAUCAAAGAAGAUCAGCAAUAUAGCUAACAUGCAGAUCAUACACAAUCGCCUUACAGAGCUAUUUGCUGAUAAGAGUAUUUUGAUUGUUUUAGACGACCUGUGGGAGAAGCAUCCACGUAAGUUAGAUGAAUUGAAGGCUAUGCUAAGGCCUGGCAAGGGAAGCAAGGUGAUUAUAGUAACUACACGUCAUGAAGAAAUUGCAAGGAAAAUUUGCAGUACUGCCAAAAAUGUGCCAUACAAGCUGAAGAUUUUGACUGAUGAAAUGUGCUGGCUUAUAAUAAAACAAAAAAGUGACUUCGAAAAUAAAUCUGGCAAAACCCAAUUGGAGAAGAUAGGAAGGGACAUUGCAGUCAAGUGUGGUGGUGUGGCCUUAGCGGCUCAAUCACUUGGAUACAUGUUGGGAUACAUGACGUAUGAUGAAUGGAAGUCAGUGAGGGACAGUCAUGUCUGGCAUUUAUCCAGUUUGGAAGAUCCAUCAUUAACAACUCAUGAAGUGCUUGCAUCGCUGCGGUUGAGCUAUUCCCAUAUGCAUAAAUUCUUGCAAUUCUGCUUUUCCUAUUGUGGAAUCUUUCCAAAAGGCCACAUCAUAGUAAAGCAUGAUCUAAUUCACCAAUGGAUAGCUCUUCAAUUUCCUGGGCCAUCUAAGACAUUUGAUUCUAUGCAGCUCUGUGAGCAGUAUAUCACCCAACUCUUGGGGAUGUCCUUCCUUCAAUAUUCAGUGACACCUUUGGAUUACGCAAGGCAGGACAAAGUUGGUACGUUUUUCACAAUGCAUGACUUAGUGCACGAACUUGCCAGAGCGAUGUUGGCCAAUAUAGUUAAUGAAAAUGACAAUUUUGCUGGAAGAAACUGCCAGUAUGCAAUUUUUGCGGAUCCUAGCAAGCAAUUGAAGUCGUUUGUGGGUCUCCCUCAAGAAGUAAUAGCUUUGCUUAUUCCAGACCAUGCAAAAAUAGAGCUUCAUGAUGGUGCAAUUUCACCAGCUAAGCGCCUUGUCAUCAUCUUAGAUUUAAGUGGAUGCAUUAUUGAAGAGUUACCUGAUUUUAUUGGUCAAAUGAAGCACCUGAGAUAUAUUCAUGCUCCACGGAUCAGAUAUCGGAUAAUUCCCAACUGGAUCACCGAGCUCUCAAAAUUGAACUACCUCAACCUUAGAUACUCUGAGAUCGAAGCAUUGCCAGAUUCAAUUGGUGAUUUGAAAGGUCUCAUGCAUCUUGAUUUAUCAGGUUGUGCCCGCAUAUGUCAACUCCCAGCAUCAUUUGGAGAGCUCAAAAAGUUGGUGCAUCUGGAUUUAUCGCAUUGUUGCAUGUCUAUACCAGAAGAUUUGAGUGGAUUUACCAAACUCCAACAUUUGAAUUUAUCAGUUAAAAAUGCUCAAGCUGCGAAGCCUAUCAGAGAGUUGCCAAAAGUCAUCGGCAAUCUAAUCAAUCUUCGGUAUUUAAAUCUAUCGAGAUGCAUGCAUGUUAUGGCCCCGUCAGAAGAAGAAAUUGACAGAUUGCUUGGCUCUAUCAGUACCCUUUUCAAUCUUGAGCAUUUGGACAUGUCUGAGAAUUCGCAGAUUUCUAGUUUACCUGAAAGUAUUGGAAACCUCAAGAAGCUACAUACACUGGACCUCUUAGGCUGUGAUGAUAUAGAGAGGCUUCCCAAAAGUAUGGCUAAGAUGGAAUGUCUGAAGGUCCUAAAUCUGAAUGGGCCUGCAUCUAGUUUAGAAGAAUCAGCUCUCUCUCAAUUAAAUGUUGCCUCGUUGCCACACUUUGUGGUAUCCCGUGGUGAAUAUCACAGCAAUCUCUUUCUGCUUCGGCAUACAAAUCCUAACAAGGAGCUGGAGAUAAGUGGACUUGAAAAUGUGAUGUCUGCAGAAGAGGCACAAUGCAUAGAUCUGGUGGAGAAGUACAGAAUUGAAGAUUUAACAUUCAUAUGGACUGACUAUACUGAGAUGUCUGUGAAUCACAUUGACAAGGAGGUGUUGGAAAAACUAGUGCCACCGAGCAGUUUAAGGAAAUUGCAUAUAGACGGUUACAGGGUUGCCAGCCUUCCGGAUUGGAUGAUGGGUGUUGGGCACUAUCUUCCUAAUCUUUGUCGGAUAGAUUUGUCGGAUUUUCCCAAGUGCAAUAACCUCCCAGCCUUUGGCCAACUUCCAAACCUAGAAUGGCUAGGUCUCUGUUGUAUGGAAAGCAUGGAAAAGUGGAACAUGACAUGUUCCAGUGGUGAGGAUGAUGCGAAUGAGCUCAUGUUCCCCAAGCUCGAGACGGUGAGUAUACAGGAUUGCCCCAAGUUGACAAUAGAACAAGGUCCGCCCAGAGCUGUGUCUUGGAUCAUAUCUGGGAGUGAUAAUGUGCUAUCAUCAGCAUGGGCAGAGUGUUCCUCACUGACCGAUGCUUCUUCCUCCCCUUACCGAUUAAUCGAUCUGAAACUGGAAGUAGAUAACUGUAACCUGCCCCUGCGUCAGUGGAGGUUGCUGCACCACCUCCCUGCCCUCCACAGUUUAACUACUAAGUGUCGUAUUGAUCUGGCCGCCUCACCAGAGAUUAUCCAACAAUUAUCCUCCCUCAAAUCAAUGUCCCUAGGAUUCUUUAGAUGGAUAGGUGACAAGGCAGAAGUUCCGGCAUGGUUAUUUCAGCUCACAUCUCUUGAGAACCUGGUGGUAAUGCACGGAAACCUAGAUGGAUUGAAUGUGCAAGCGAGACAACUGAAACGGCUGCAGUCGUUACGAGUACAUGCUUGCAGAAGCAUGGCAUCACAACCACAAUGGUUAGGAGAACUCACCUCUCUCAGAGAACUUCAUAUCAGCCAAUGCGAGGGGAUCAAGUCUUUGCCUGACAGCAUAAGACAACUAACCAAGCUUGAAUGUCUUAAUGUUUAUGAGUGCCCUGAAUUAUCUCAGUGGUGUAAAUCAGAUGAGAACAUGAUGAAGCUCCCUCACAUAAAAGAUAAGCAAAUCAAAGCGUCACCUUCGGCUGGGGGCCAAGUAGAAGAUUUAGUGGAGAUAGAGGAGACCUUAUCUCCAGAGGCAGCCAUGAACCUAGAUACGGCAAAUGGAUCAAGGACAAACAACACGGCAGAUGCAGCAAACAAUAUUGCAGCUACAACUGAUGAGAGGGCAGUUAUUGAAGGGCAGCUAUAUGGUGAGGAUGUGAUGGAUGACCAGGGUUGUGUGCUCUGUCUCGGGACAUUCCUGAAGAAGCUCUUUAGUUGUUGGUCAUUCUCGUAGGAUGUGUGGUAGUCGCUCUCGCUCGUAUGGUAGUUUAGUUGAUGUUAUCCAGGGAGAUUAUCGUAGCACUCUCUAAUUUGUCUGCAAGGUUGGGUUAUACUACUAAUCUGUGAUGCAUCUUUUUCUUUUUGACAAUUAAUCUGUGAUGCAUCUUAAUUA